AAACUGACACAAAAACUCUCACAACGGGGUGGAGCCCGUUUGCAGCUACACAGAAGGAUAUGCUUAUUUGCUUUAACACCAGAGUGCUUCUGAAGGAUGAACAGCGGCGGACCAGCAUAUCCAUUAGCCUCUCUGUAUGUCGGUGACCUUCAUGCUGAUGUCACAGAGGCCAUGCUAUACCAGAAGUUCUCUCCUGCUGGUCAGAUCAUGUCCAUUCGUGUUUGCCGUGAUGUAAUUACGCGGAGAUCCCUUGGAUAUGCUUACAUAAACUUCCAGCAGCCUGCUGAUGCGGAGUGUGCCCUUGACACAAUGAACUAUGAAGUCAUUAAAGGUCGCCCAAUCAGGAUCAUGUGGUCACAGCGAGAUCCUGGUCUGAGAAAGUCUGGUGUGGGAAACAUCUUCAUCAAGAACAUGGAUGAGUCUAUUGACAACAAGGCUCUUUAUGACACCUUUUCUGCUUUUGGUAACAUCUUGUCAUGUAAGGUAGUUUGUGAUGAAAACGGCUCAAAGGGUUAUGGGUUUGUGCACUUUGAGACCCAAGAAGCAGCUAACAGAGCAAUUGAGACGAUGAAUGGCAUGCUUCUGAAUGAUCGCAAAGUAUUUGUAGGGCACUUUAAAUCCCGUAAAGAGCGCGAGGCAGAGAUGGGAGCUAAAGCUGUGGAGUUCACCAAUGUGUAUAUUAAGAACUUUGGUGAAGACAUUGACAGUGAGAAACUGAAGAAUAUCUUCACUGAAUUUGGUAAAACUCUUAGCGUCUGUGUGAUGACUGAUGAAAGGGGACGCUCCCGUGGCUUUGGAUUUGUCAAUUUUGUCAACCAUGGCGAUGCUAGGAGGGCAGUAACUGAAAUGAAUGGCAAAGAGCUCAAUGGCAGGGUCCUGUAUGUAGGCAGAGCUCAGAAAAGACUCGAGAGGCAGGGAGAGCUCAAGCGCAAGUUUGAGCAAAUUAAGCAAGAGCGCAUACAACGUUACCAGGGGGUUAAUCUCUAUGUGAAAAAUCUGGAUGACAGCAUUGAUGAUGAGAAGUUGAGGAAGGAGUUUGCACCUUAUGGAACCAUCACCAGCGCAAAGGUGAUGACUGAUGGAGGCCACAGUAGAGGCUUUGGAUUUGUUUGUUUUUCCUCUCCCGAAGAGGCCACAAAGGCAGUGACUGAGAUGAACGGGCGUAUUGUUAGCACUAAACCACUUUAUGUGGCUCUUGCCCAAAGAAAAGAGGAACGAAAGGCCAUCCUCACUAAUCAGUACAUACAGAGACUAGCCAGCAUCCGAGCUAUCCCUGGCCCUGCAAUACCCACCACCUACCAGCAGGGCUCCGGUUACUACAUGACCUCUGUGCCACAAGUUCGCUCUUUUUAUAAUGCUGUACCAAACCUGCGCCCUGCACCACGCUGGGCAUCUCAAGCUCCUAGGACACAAGGUCCAUUUCCAGCUCAGUUUGUGAGGCAAGCAGUGCCACGGAGGCCCUCCACUACCAUCAGCACUGUCCGCCAGGCCUCCACUCAGGUUCCUCACAUAAACAACACCCAACGAAUGGCCAACAUUGGGACCCAGACUGCAGGCGGGAGAGCUGCGGGAACUGCAGUCAGAGGAGUCAGCCAAUACAAGUACUCAGCAGGGGUUCGAAACGUGCAACAGGUCAUUAAUGCCCCAGCUCCUGUUGUUCAUCAGGUUGUGCAAAAUACAGAACCAGCAGUUCAUAUGAAAGGCCAGGAGCCCCUUACUGCCUCAAUGCUGGCAGCUGCACCUUUAAAAGAGCAGAAACAACUACUGGGUAAGUGGUACUUAAACCAG